UGAUUCAAUCAGGACCUGCUACAGAGCGGGGAUCACGAGCUGGAACUCGAACGUCGGCUCCGAGCGGGUAUCUCCACAGUAAGAUGCAACAACGGCGUGAACCCGUCCCGUUAAACAAUCUGCCUCCUCGACGUUUUGUCUCUCGUUCUACUGAUGUCGGCAAGCGGGUCAAAUCCGCAGAAGAGGAGCUACCCUACAUCUGAAACGACGGCAACAGAUCCAGAAGAGGUCCUUCAACGUGACCUGAAGAAACACGUCGAAGACGAGCUUGCCGGUCACGCAUGGGAGUUUGAUGCAGUUGAUGUGUUGUCUCCCAAGAUUCUCAAAAAGGAGCACGAAGAUCAAGAUUUGCUGGAGCUCGGUCACUUUGACAUACUCAUUGAUCACCCUCAAGUCAUCUACGCCAUGACACACGCGUUCGGGGACGCGCCACAUCCCAACCCAUUUUCCAAAGCAGACUAUGAUAAUAUUAGCCAUUUUCUCAACGAGUGCGUUCGGCGUUGCCUUGACGCGUAUGAUUCGAUUCUCGAGACACCUAUGACUCCGGAUCUCCAAGCAUGGGAAUUGCAGCCUUUUGGUGCAGCCUUUUGGCCUGCUCUCCUAUUCACAAAGUAUGAUAGGCCGACUGGGGACAAGGUCAAAAAUGCCGCACCUUUGAAGCCAGACAUUGUUGGGGUAGCCGUCACAGACGCGCCACCCAAUAACUUCGUUGCUUGCUGGAGCAAAUUGCCCAAACAAAGCAAACGGGAGCCUCGGAAGAUCGCCAUAGCGGUGGAAGUAAAAGCUGACUGGAAGGACAUGCUGCUCCAGAGCACUACUUAUGGACGUGCGCAAUAUAAUGACACUCCAUUGCGUACAUUCACCGUAAUCGUCGCCAUCAAUCAUGCUGCCGAAGCCCUCCGUGUUCUCAUCUUCCACCGCGGUGGCCUCUCCGCGAGCAAGGAAUUGAGGUUGACAACGAAAGACUGGAAAGCCCACAGCAUCCCUCAGUUCAUAAAGGUCUUGCUGAGUAUUUUGCUCUGGCAGACGCCUGGCGACGCUGGGUAUCCAGAGUUCACGGAUACGGAGAAAUUUGUGUUCCCUUCUGGAGAGGAUAACAUCGUCCAAGGGAUUCAAAAGGAAGUGCUCCACAACCGCCAAUCAUCCUGUGGCCGUAAUACCUUCGUGGCAUUGAUGCAGCCUUUCUCCUCGUUGGACAACGAAGCAAUUUCCCCAACUCUUUUGGCCUCAGGAACGGCCAAGCCGUCCACCGGUAAAACGUCGACGCAUGUUUCCACUGAUACUCGUCCACCGAUGGAACAAUCGCAACUACCAAAGCGGAAGCUCGAGGCAGAAUCCCUGCCAGGUAAGUCAGCUUAUAUCUUCUGUGAAUGGCGGCCUAUCGUUGUCAGCGGUGGCGCCGAAGAAACUUAAAUUGGAGCAAAUCUCCACGAAGGAUGACGACAGCGAUGAAUACGAUAUAAGAAGAAAAGGGUAUACGAAAAAGUGUCCGAAUCCUUCAUCAUGAAAGGCUCUUGGCCUCCCCGUGCGAAGAAAGAUGUGGAGCACAACAUGUACCAGGCUUCAAAGGGCGAAUUCGGAACCGCGACUCUCCUCUCGUCGCAUGAGCCGCUCAAUUC